UUGUACAGCGAGCGAGGUGCACUUGGUGUGUGCUGGAGAGAGAGUGGCGAGCAGCAGCAGGCAGAAUCGAUUGACUGCGCCGCGGGAGACUUAAUUUAUUUUUCCUUCUCUCGCUGGCGGUGCAGUCGUGCGGUCGCGAGUUGAAAUUCUAAUAGGUGGACUUAGAAAAUUUCGUGCAGCGGACGCAGCAGAAGAGAGUGUGUAUUUUAUUAAUACAGCGAGCGAGGCGCGCUUGGUGCGUGCUGGCGAGAGAGUGGCGAGCAGCAGCGGGCGGAUUGACUGCGCCGCGGAAGACUAAUUUAUUUUUCCUUCUCUCGCUGGCGCGGCAGUCGUGCGGUCGCGAGUCAAACAUAAUGGCUGGACUUUCGUGCGUCGGACUCUCUUCAAUGAAUAUGGUUCUCUCGAGAGCCAAAUUGUUUCACGCAACAGCCGUUUAUAAUUUUAGUCGCGUGUAAUGAGAAUAAUGAUAUUUGUGUUUUAUUUUUAUGUAGCGAUACCAUUUUUUUAUUUUAUUAAGGACACGCAUUUUUUAAUAUAUGAACUUUGAGAUUUUGGUGCGAACUCGAGGGUGUGUGUUGUAAGUCGAGGUUUACGGAGUGUACUAAAAAAUUUAAAAUUUUUAUUUUAUUAAAUAUUAUUUAAUAAUAUAAUUUAAAAAUAUAUUAUAUUCAUUGCGCCGGCGCAUUGGUACUAUUCUGCGAUUCGUUAACCCUGGAUGGGGGGAGUUAAUGGGGGUGUACGUAGUGGGGCGUAGGGUAUAAGAGAGGGUCAAGCAAAGGGUCGGCAUCAUUCUUGGCUGCUCGAGAAGAUCGUCCGUCCUUAAAAAAAAUCAAAAUGGAACCCUUGACCCCUCCGAUCUCCCCUGCUCGUCCUGCUCAGAAUAAUGUGGAUGAGGUGAAGGUGAAGGUGGAGCCUGUUGAAGAAAUGGCUGAAGAGCCAUCCAAACCGAGCAAGUUGGAUGAAGCAAUGGAAGAAGAUUUCCAGCAGAGUUCGAGAGCUUUGGACUUUUCAAUGAUUAGCUCGAUCAGCGGCUAUAAUAGUCAGGAACAUAGUCUUGCUUCUGCUGACACAGUCUAUAAUGGUAGCAGCAGCAGCAGCAGCAGGGGGAGUAGCAGUGGUGAUGAGAGCAGCUCGAUGGAUAUUAAGAAUGAUGAUUUACCUGACGAUCCUCACAAUCUGCGCAUUCUGCACACCUUUGUUGAACUUGACCUGCUGCCGAGGGAAGUUACUGGGAUUCAAGAGACUGCUGCCAUGUCGCUGGUGGACUUGGAGAAGUUGGUCACUUUCAAGGAGAAGUUUUUCAACCUCGGAGACGAGAAGACCCAUGCUGGCCACUUGUACGACGUGGAGAAUUGUUUCUUUCGUCAGGGGUUGCCUGCUUUGUACGAAACCACAUAUUGUGUUCCUGGUUCCGUUGAUUUUCAUAUGGGAUUUCUGAUUUUGUACAAUAAGAAAAAUCACAAUUUUGAGCUCAAGUUUUAUCUACGUGUCGGAGAGCGCCAGAUCAUUGUUACCGAGUUUCAAGACUUUUACAGAAUGUUAUUCAGCACUGAUCUUGCCACUCUAGAGAAAGAUUACGGAGAAUUUAUUUUGUUUGAGAACAUUGUUGGUAAAGUUAAGCGAGAUGCUCACAAUUGUGACUGGCUAAUUCUGUACCAAGUUUGGGAUAAUUAUCAUCACCGACUUGGAGUUGACAACGAACCUUUUAGAAUUGUAAUGAGCGAAAGGCAGCAUACCAGACUCCAGAAAACUAUGAUUACAGAAAUGCACGUGUCGCAUUUAUACAUGAAAAAACUCACUGCUUCUGCAAACAUUUGUAUGUCCACUGCCAUUGGGCUUGCCUACAACGGCUUAAAGAUGAAAUGUAAGGGUUGUCGCCAAAACAACCCGUACGAUCACAUUUGUCGUACCUUUGAAUUUUCCAGAACUGUUCACAAUGCUCUUGGUAAUGAGCUCGAGAGACUUGUUGUGGAGGACAAGGACCACUUUCAAUGUGAAAUCUACGGAAGACUCUUGAAAUUGGUCAAAUCCGAGUACUCUCUGAGAGACAUUCUUUCUGAAAUGCUGGUUAAUGACAAUGGACUAGCACUUGGUGGAAAUAUGAUUGGAGGUAGAAUUCCUGGGUGGGUUUCUGAGUUCAAAGCUCCCUCGAGUGAGUACAUCAGAGCCAAGUACAGAAUUGUUGAUUACGAUAUGAUUGAUGGUGCAGAUGAUGAUGAUGAUAUGGACUUGUAAAACUUUGGCCGCUGAAUCAGAAAAUAUGUCUUGAUGGUUUAUUUUUAAGUUUUAUUUUUACGAUUUUCUGAACUUUGUAUCACAUUUGAA